AUGCCGGAUCCAGCGAAACCCGCUCCCAAGAAGGGCGCCAAGAAAGAUUUGUCCAAACCAGCGAGCAAGACUGGCAAGAAGCGCAAGAGGUCGAGGAAGGAGACUUACGCCAUCUACAUCUACAAAGUGAUGAAGCAGGUUCACCCCGACACCGGCAUCUCCUCCAAGGCCAUGAGCAUCAUGAAUUCAUUCGUCAACGAUAUUUUCGAGCGCAUCGCGGGCGAGGCUUCCCGCCUGGCCCAUUACAACAAGCGGUCAACCAUCAGCUCCCGGGAGAUCCAGACCGCCGUGCGCCUGCUGCUGCCCGGGGAGCUGGCCAAGCACGCCGUGUCCGAAGGGACAAAGGCGGUGACCAAGUACACCAGCUCCAAGUGAAGACAAGUUUACUGACGAAACA